CGUUUCCUUCUUUUCCCCCAUUUCGCACCACCGUCGCGAGUCGUCGUUGUUAAGCAAACACGAGAGCGAGACGACCUUCGUUCCGACGCUGCGCCACCUUCUGCGGCCACAGAGAGAGAGAGAGAGAGAGAGAGAGGCUCUGAGCGAAGUCUUUUUUGGGCUGAGCUAGAGCGUUGAGACCAUGGGGCUUACGUUCACGAAGCUGUUUAGCCGGCUCUUUGCCAAGAAAGAGAUGAGGAUUUUGAUGGUAGGUCUUGACGCUGCUGGUAAGACCACCAUCUUGUACAAGCUUAAGCUCGGAGAAAUCGUCACCACCAUCCCGACUAUUGGUUUUAAUGUAGAGACUGUUGAAUACAAGAACAUCAGCUUCACAGUUUGGGAUGUGGGUGGCCAGGACAAGAUCCGUCCAUUGUGGAGGCACUACUUCCAAAACACGCAGGGUUUAAUUUUUGUUGUGGAUAGCAAUGAUAGGGAUCGAGUUGUUGAGGCAAGAGAUGAGUUGCAUAGGAUGCUGAAUGAGGAUGAACUGAGAGAUGCUGUGUUGCUUGUGUUUGCCAACAAACAAGAUCUCCCUAAUGCAAUGAAUGCAGCAGAAAUAACUGACAAGCUUGGUCUUCAUUCUCUCAGGCAACGCCACUGGUACAUCCAAAGCACCCGUGCAACCUCUGGAGAGGGCCUUUACGAGGGUCCGGAUUGGCUUUCCAACAAUAUUGCUAGCAAGGCUUGAGACGUUUGCGGAUUUUCAUGGGCUUCUCAGCAUGGCACCAGAAGCAUGCGGUCUGUAAGGGAUUAGUUUUUGUUUUGUCGUCAGUAUACUAUUGUAAAAGCUCAAUUGGUUGCUUCAACUUUAUAUGUAAUGUGACAUGGGAUUUCAUUACUGCUGUUUUGGCCUACACUUUUAAGCGGUAAAAGUGACUCACGAGACCUUUUGCUU